AUGACAGCAGCGACCAACAGGUCCCUCGUGGCAAACGAGGACUUGCUGGAAGGCCGCAAACUGUUGGACAGGUGGUCAAACUUUGUGCUGGUCCUCGUCGGUCUUGUAAUUCUAUUACUAGAGUUCGACGGUAUCAGGCAGCCUGAAUGGCCGGAAUGGAUCAACUUGAGCACUAUAGUAUCGAUGUUCUCGACAACCCUGAGAACACUGCUGGUCGUAGUCAUUGCCUCAGUGCUUGGCCAGGAAAAGUGGAUCUGGUUCGACCGCGUACGUCCUCUGCGACAUUUAGAACUAUUUGAGCAAGCGUCACAGGGACCAUGGGGCUCUUUUACCUUAUUGUUCAGAACGUGGACUGCCCACCUGGCCUCCCUAGCUGCAAUCUUAAUGGUUGUGUCGUUGGCCACCGGCUCUUUCCUGCAACAGACCCUCCGGACAUCAGUAUGUCAAAAACCGUCGGGUACAUCUCUAGGCACACUGGCUAUCGCGACGCGCGCUCCAAUGAAUGAUCUCAUUCAAUGCGGCGUCCGCAGUUUCUGUGCGUCUCCAGGACUGCGAGCAGCUAUCGUCGGGGGUAUCAUGGAUCCUGGCUCCACCACAGAGUCCAUCACUUAUGACUGCCCGACGGGAAACUGUACGUUUAAAGAGCAGCUUGGCGUGACUUCUUCCUCGAUCGCGUACUGUAGUGCUUGCGAUGAUGUGACGGAAUCGAUCGAGGAGUUGGCAGCUUCGAGGAUGAUGACGGGGACAACUGGAUUCGGCAUCAUCGCCUUCACCCUGGCCGGAUGCCUGAUUCCCGACAAUCCGGACCUGACAACAACUGCAAAUUGUACCGGAACACCGGAACACAGCAUGUUGCCAAACCUUCCUCAAGAUGCCAAUAUCAUGGCAGCGAAAUGUCACAUCUUCCCCUGUCUGCGCAACUACCAUUCGAGCGUGGUCAACGGCAGGCUUCACGAAACAGUGGUGUCAGCUGUCAGGGCUAAUAAAUCGAACGGCCUACUUUCUCAUGUUGCCGCACACCCAUCCAAAGAUAUCCCGGUCGUAAAGCUGCCAUGCAUUGUGGACGGGGAGCUCUACGACGCCACCAACAUCUCCAUGGUCCCACCGCUCCCCUCACGGAACUUUACAGACCUUUGGCAAGACGGCAUUCAUUUGAUCGCCCCUUGGGAGUGCACCUAUUUCCUGAACCCUGCAUACGGCCAAGCCAUCACAGCUGACACGCAGCGUAUGUUCAACGGCAGCUGUGGCACAUCCGCGUUUUCGCAGAUUCCCCCAGCGGAGACGAUAUGCCCGGAGGAAAACUGGACAAUGGCACCGCUGUUUGGCGGGGGCGCGACAACUUUCAACCUCAUCGAGGGUUUCUUUGAGAACAUGACCCUUGCCAUGACGAAUCGCCUGAGGAACACGGGUGCAGUUGUCCAUGAUGCGCAGUCCCUCCAGGAUUACAACAGUAAAAAUGUGACGUCGCCGGGAACCAUCAACGGCAUCGCCUGGGAGACGAUGUCCGGCGAAUGGCGGAUGGCGAAUGGCGAUGGUGCCUCCCUUGACGAUACCUUUCUCUUUCAGCAGAUCCAGCUCGGUGUUGCACCACAACCACUCGCUGGCGAAAGCCGCGCUAACUGCGACAAUGUCAACGUCGCUGUGAAUGAAGGUUAUGGCCACAGCUUGGUCAUCAACGUCCAGUUAGGAGACUACCCCUACACAUCAGAAAAUGUCACAUUCUCAAAUGCUACGUGUAUUGCGGUCCUAACCCAUGUAAGGACUGAAUGUGUCAACUUGGGUGGCAAUCUGAAACUCUCUCGCGUCAAUGGCGCUAUCCACGAUGAGACUAGCUCUUCGAAGAGAAGGAGCAGACGAGACCAGCCCAUUGAUGGAAACGAUAGAGCCUUUUCGGACACCGAUGACGAGGGAGACGAUGAAGGCACCUCGGAUAGCGAUAGCGAGGGAGAAACCGGGGACUUGUCCGAUAAACACGUACAGGGAGACGUUUCUGGCAUCGCUACCACGACGACCGUCAUCAGCUUAGCCAGCAGCACAAGCACUUACACCACUAUCUCAACCUCUCCGAAUACCAUGAUGAGCUUCACGACCUCCACCACCACGCGAAAGAAACACAAGACCAGCGGUGGAAAGAAAUACAAAAUCAUCAAGACCACUGAGACCGAGACCACCUCAACAACCCAAACCAUCAGCACUACCGCGAACGCCAGCACCACCGAGACCAUCACGGCCACCAGCAGCAGUCCUCCGCCCACCAGCAGUAGCACCAUCAAUACCGAUGAUUUCCAUGGCUGGGUCAAGAUUGAUCCCCAACAGUUGAAGUGUUCCUCAACCUCGACAAGCUCAUCCUGA